AUGAUGGCAGAAAUAAAACACGAGAUUCCCAAAGAUGCCAUGACAGCACUUAUGUCAGAAGCUGCUCCGCUGGGAACUACAAACGGCACAGGUGGUAUUGGUGUCAAGAAGUUUAAAGGUAACAAGAUCGGCUGUGGAGAAUUAAGGAAAUACCUGUACGCUGUGGAGAUCUAUAGACAAGCCAGUAUGUUACGCAAGGGCCGAGAGGUCCAUAAGAUAUACGUCAAUGUCCACAAAGGGGUCAGCUUUCUGGAUGACCGUUUUACGUUGACGGAAUUUGGCAAGAUGGUGCUUGAAAACGGCAGCGUUCGGGCUGGGCGUGCAAGGAAUGUGAGGCAGAUUGUUGUGGCCAGGGAGACCCUAUACUGCAGCGGCACAGGAGGUUGCAGGCGGGCCUGUGGUGGCUAUGGAUCCUGUGUUUCAGGAUGUGACAAAAUCAAAGUUAGGGGCCACAAGUGCAGCUUUCGGGUAAAGCUGACAAUGCGGCUGGGUUUUGUAGAUCAUUGGUUUGUAGAGAUACUUGGGAGCCAUAACUGCUACAUUGAGGAUGGAGAAACCCCAAAUGAUGUGGACAGAAUGCUGGCUGACUAUGAGACUAAGAGCAGUGAUGGCGAAGACAGCAGCAUUUGCAGCUCUCAACGAGAAUCACCUCUAGUAGAUGCAGCUGCAGCAUUGGCAGCCAACCAGAAUGUGACCAGUUUCUUCCCACCCAACUCAUCCCAUCACACCAGCCCUUCAGUUCUUCUGGCUUCAGCCCAUUGUCCACUCAAUGUCCCUCUAUUCCCAGAGUCUUAUCUCAUGACUGUAGCCAGAAAUGCUGCCGCUGCAAUUGCAAUGUCCAAUGGAACUAGUCAUACCAGAUGUCAGCCUUCACCGUUGAGCCUUUCCAUGAAGCAUGAAAGAUCUCCAGACAUGGUUGUCCACGAAACCAUGAACGGUCUUCUCCACCCUUCAGUCUUCAGGAUGUUGCCACCAUCGACGUCUUCUACUUCACCACCAACGGGAGAUAACGGGUGCAGUCCACACACGCCGACCACUGAUGCCAUUGAUCUGUCCACUCCCAAGAUAAAGAAAGAGGAAGGAGCUCAAGAUCUGAAAAGAAGUAGUUCAUCAAGCCCAGCGGAGGCAGCAUUCAGACAUUCUCUCUCACCAUUCCUCAAUCACAGCCAUAGUCUCUCAUCCAGGAGUCGUGUAAACAUUCCAGCUUGCCAUGAAAGUGAUAAAAGCAGCAGCAAUGGACAUGGCCAAAGCACCAACCAGAAAAACAUCCCCGGAGAAAACAUUCCAGAUUCUUUCAAUGCCUUGUCUUCAGCAUCACCAAAAAGUGUCUUAAACUCCAUUCCAGCAACUCAGAGAUUCUCCUCCUCUUUGAUCCUGCCUUCCCCAAACUCUCCAUCAAUAUCAAAGAAUCACCGGUACCUGAAAGGAGGAUUUAGAAACCUCAAGCCUUAUGUAGUCCCAAACCAAAACGUGGUUGGAAGCACACCCUCGUGGGCAGAACUGGAAAGAGGUUUUGCAGGAGAACAUCCUGAUGAGAUAAAACACAGCAGACUGCACAUAGAAGAGCUUGAUAAGGACCUUAUCAACAGAGUCCAACAGUUGGAAGCCCACGUGACCCAGCUCAGGAACAUUGUACUCAAGCAGGAUGGGGACAAUCACGGACACAAGAAGCAGCAGCGGGAGUUUGAUUUUACCAAGUACAACACCCGCCAUGUUGCCCUGAAGAUAGCCUACUUGGGCUGGGACUACCACGGAUUUGUUGUCCAGGAGGACACGGACAAGACCAUAGAGGCUGCCUUAUUUGAAGCCUUGCUGAAAACUAGGCUGAUAGAGACAAGGGAAGCAUCAAAUUAUCACAGAUGUGGACGGACAGACAAAGGUGUCAGUGCCUUAGGACAGGUGAUAUCCAUUGAUUUGAGGACAAACCUCUUGUCUGGUGUGGGAGUGAAGCAGCGUGAGGAUGGGACAGCAUGUACUCGACCAGGUGACAACACAACAGAGAUACGUUACGUUUACAUACUCAACAAGGUACUGCCACCAGAAAUCAGGGUGUUGGCAUGGGCACCUGUCGACACAGAGUUCAGUGCACGGUUCAGCUGUAAAAAGAGAACAUACAAGUAUUAUUUUCCUAAGGGAAAUCUUGAUAUUCAGAAAAUGAAUGAGGCCGCUGCAAAGUUGGUCGGAGAGCAUGAUUUCCGAAAUUUAUGCAAGAUGGAUGUCGGAAACGGGGUUGUCAAUUUUACCAGAAAAAUACUCCGAGCCGAUGUUGCAGUGUUCACUGAGGUAGACGGUGGCUACUCCAUGUGUGAGCUGACCAUUGUUGGGCUGGCCUUUCUGUGGCAUCAGAUCCGUUGCAUUGUCUCUGUUCUCUUCUUGGUGGCUCAAGGGAAGGAGGAUGCCAUGAUCGUUGAAGAGCUGCUGGAUGUAGAGAAGAACCCACGGAAGCCACAGUACGCCAUGGCUUCAG